UGUAGGUGAUACAGCCGCUUUGAUUUACGAAAGUUGUUAUUUUCCUAAAUUAAACGUUAAAAAAGUUUUUAUAAAACAACUAUUAAAUGGUUUUCUAAAGAUUUUCAUACUUACGCUUAUUAUCGCGAAAAGAGAGAAAAAUGUCUCUCGAUCAGACUGUCUGUGAAGAUUUAAAAGCUUUCGAGAGGCGACUGACUGAGGUUAUUUCGAGCUUGCAGCCAGCAACUUUGCGGUGGAGGAUACUGCUGGGCUUCAUUUCCAUUUGUACAGCUGUUGGUGCUUGGUACUGGCUCACAGAUCCCAAUACUUCUGCGGUGCCGUUUACUCAGAGUCUCUGGAAUCAUCCAUUUUUCACAAUAGCUAGUUUACUGUUAGUUGUAUUAUUUAUGCUGGGUAUUCAUCGAAGAGUGAUAGCACCAAGUAUUAUUACACAGAGAGCUCGAAGCAUCCUGGGUGAUUUUAACAUGAGUUGUGAUGACACUGGAAAACUGAUCUUAAAACCUACAAGGCCACCUCAUCUUCAUGAAACUUAACA